AUGCUCAAAUUCCGGCCAAUUGCACCCAAACCCGCCGGCGGAGAAGCGGUUACUGGCGCAGUGUUGCAAGAGAGAGGUAAUAUUUCCACAAGAAAUGGAAGAGCGAAGAGAAAGUACGUAAGGGUUCGACGACGGCGCAGGCCGAAUAGCAAUCAGUGCAAGAAAAGGAGAAGCAAAUCUGAACCUUCUAAAGAAUCAGGAAAUGAAGAUGGACCAUCGGCAAAAAGUAUGGUGACACUUCAACUGUUUCCAGAGAGUAACGAGAAUAUUUCGAGCAGGGGUUUUCUACACAGUCUUGAAGAUGGUGAUGAAAAAAUUCGAGACGAUGUGUUAGAUCAUGAUAAGAUGCUGUGUUUAUGCCAGCAGCUGGGAGGCCGGAGAGAGAUGUUGGCUCACUCAGAGGGUAAGAGAGUCGAACUCGUUGAAUCAAAAAAGAAUGUGAUCAGGACUCUUCACGGAAAAUCACAAGGCCUUUAUGCUGAUGCCGAAUUUUCUAGAAGUGUUGCAAGAGAAGCUGCGCACCUGGAGGGAAAUCCGUACGAAUGGAAAAGUACGGCACGCGAAAGUGAAUCAUGGGUUAUCAUAGAAUGUUUUACUGAUGCAAUCAUGGAAGGAUUAGGGUUAGGGUUUUCAGACAAAGAAAAGCUCAAUAAUCUACAUAUAGAUAGAAAUCCUGGGUUCGUGUCCGACAUUUCCAACAAUGUAGUAUGGGUUAAUGACGCCUACAAGAAGAUGGUAUUGGGUGAAGAAAAUCAAGAAUUAGCAGCAGAAGUUAGGGUUUAUUUACAGACCAAAGAAAAAAAUAUGCCCUAUUUUUUGCCAGAAUUUGCAUGCAGGGUGAGGGUUGAGUAUAAUUGGAAUGGACGCAAGUGUACAAGAACAGUGCCUUGUGAUGUUUGGAAAAUGGAAUUUGGAGGUUUUGCAUGGAAAAUGGAUUUCAAAGCUGCACUGAGUUUAGGCCUUUAG